AUAAGAUAAUAACUUUUCUCUCCCUCACUCCAAUAUUUGUAUUGAUUUCAACUUUCAAGCGCACAUCUUAGUUUGAUAAGAUCAAAAUCAGUCUACAGCGUACAGAGUCCCUUUUUGUUCUUUCCAAAGUCCAAACCAUCACCAGCGUUCACAGGAAUCCCCCACCUCACCUUUUCAAAACACACGCACAAUUGUUGGAACUUAUAGCACAGAAUCCAGAGGGGAUUAUGACCCUGUGAGAAUAAUAAUGGAGGCGUUGAACUACAGCCUAUGGGACAGUGUUUUGAAGAUAACCAAAGCGGCCCAAGAAAAGGGCAGUGACCCAUUGUUGUGGGCAAUCCAAGUUUCUUCAAACUUGAAUUCUGCUGGGGUGGCUUUGCCUUCUCUUGAGCUAGCCAACCUUUUGGUACACCAUAUUUGUUGGGAAAACAAUGUGUCCAUUGCAUGGAAGUUCUUGGAGAAAGCCUUGGCACUCAAGAUUGUGCCGCCUCUACUUGUUCUUGGCCUGCUCUCAAUAAGGGUAAUUCCAUAUCGGCAUUCUUGUCCUGCAGCAUUUAGGCUUUAUAUGGAACUCCUUAAGCAGCAUGCUUUUGCACUUGAAGAAUAUACUAAUUUGCCUACCAAUGAGCAGAUCAUGGAUUCCUUAGAUGCCAUCCUCCAUUUCUCUCAGAUAUUUGGUGUGCGAGCCAAUAAAGCUGGGACUUUUUUGGUCCUGUUCAUCUUUUCAAUUAUUUGGCAGUUAGUCGACGCAUCACUAGAUGAUGAUGGAUUGCUGCAUCUUACACCAGAGAAAAAUUCUAUAUGGCCUACCAAACCUCAAGAAAUGCAAGUAGAUAUCCCUAACAAUUAUGAUGAGAAGAGGAUUGAACAUAAAGAGAGAUUGCUGACUAUUAAUAGCAUCAUGGCCGUGGAGUUGAUUGGGCAGUUUCUCCAAAAUAAAGUAACUUCCAGGAUUCUUUACUUGGCACGCCAAAACAUGUCCACUCACUGGGAAAGCUUUGUCCAGCGAAUACAGUUGCUGGUUGCAAAUUCAUCGGCUUUGCAAAAUUCAAAUGUUAUGAUAGCAGAGGUUUUUCAACAGUUGAUAUCAGAUGGUUGCAAAACUCUGUCUCAGCAUUUCCGGGGAAGUUCUCUGCAAGAGUUCCAUGCUGUAGAACAAUUCAGGCCCUUGGGUACUUCUGCCUGUCUUUGUCUUGGGAGUCGUUCUUCUCUUUGGCUUCCUCUUGAUUUGCUUCUAGAAGAUGCAAUGGAUGGUUCACAGGUUGACGCAACUAGUGCAGUUGAAAUCAUUACUGGUUUAGUCAAAUCCCUUCAAGCAUUUAAUGCAACCUCUUGGCAUGAAGCUUUUUUGGGACUUUGGAUGGCUGCUCUACGCCUUGUUCAGAGGGAAAGGGAUCCCAUUGAGGGACCUAUGCCCCGCUUAGAUACUUGCAUGUGCAUGUUAUUGUCGAUCACAACUCUUGUAGUUGCUGAUCUUGUUGAGGAAGAGGAAAGUACCUCGACCAAUGAAAUUGGAUGCAAUAUGGUCAGCAAACAUCAAGUUACUGGGAAGCGUCACAUGGAUUUGAUAUUUAGUCUACAGAAUCUACGUGAUUAUCAGAGCUUGCUAACUCCACCUCAAUCAGUUGUUCCUGCAGCCAAUCAGGCUGCUGCAAAAGCAAUGAUGUUCGUAUCAGGCAUCGAUGUGGACAGUGCAUACUUUGAGUGCAUCAGAAUGGCUGAAAUGCCAAUUAGUUGCUCUGGUAACCUACAUCAUUUAAUAGUUGAGGCAUGCAUUGCCAGAAAUCUAUUGGACACAUCGGCUUAUUUCUGGCCAGGUUAUGUAAGUGGAUGCAUCAACCAUCUGCCACACAAUGAUCCCACUCAUGUGAUUGGUUGGUCAUCAUUCAUGAAGGGGUCAUCUCUUGCUCCAGUCACGAUCAAGGCUUUAGCUUCAACUCCUGCUUCAAGCUUAGCAGAGAUCGAGAAAGUCUUCGAGAUUGCAGUCAAAGGAUCUGAUAAUGAAAGGAUAGCUGCUGCCACGAUUCUAACCGGGUCCUCCUUGAUUCAUGGAUGGAAUAUACAGGAACAUACUGUUUAUUUUAUUACUAGAUUAUUGUCUCCACCGGUUCCUGCUGAUUACUCUGGGAGUGACAGCUAUUUGAUGCAGUAUGCUCCCAUGUUGAACGUCCUCCUAGUUGGGAUAGCACCUGUUGAUUGUGUCCAGAUUUUCUCCUUACAUGGUUUGGUUCCGCAGCUUGCUGGUUCAUUAAUGACAAUCUGUGAGGUGUUUGGGUCAUCUGUUCCUAACGUCUCAUGGACUCUGACAACAGGAGAAGAGAUAUCUUCCCAUGCUGUGUUUUCGAAUGCAUUUGCUCUUCUGCUAAAACUUUGGAGGUUUAAUCAUCCUCCUAUCGAAUAUGGAGCUGGAGAUGUACCUCCAGUUGGAUCCCAACUCACUCCCGAAUACCUCCUACAAGUGCGGAAUUCUCACCUUGUAUAUUUCGAAAACACACUCAAGGAUCCAAAUAGAAGGAGACUUGAAAGAGUUACAAGUUUUUCGUCUCCUAAACCUAUAUUUGUUGACUCGUUUCCAAAACUUAAAGCAUGGUACAGACAACAUUUGGCAUGCAUAGCUUCACCACUCUCUGGUCUUGUCAAUGGGACUCCCAUCCAUCAAACAGUCGAUACAUUGUUGAACAUGAUGUUCAGAAAAAUCAAAAGAGGAAGCCCAUCUGUGAUUUCUAUUUCAUCAGGAAGCAGCAGUUCUUCUGGAGCUGGAAGUGAAGACAAUUUAAGGCCUAAAUUACCCGCUUGGGAUAUUCUUGAAGCUGUUCCAUUUGUGGCAGAUGCUGCUCUAACGGCAUGUGCCCAUGGAAGAUUGUCUCCCCGUGAACUCUGCACAGGGCUAAAAGACUUGGCUGAUUAUCUUCCCGCUACUUUGGCAAUCAUUGUGAGUUAUUUUUCGGCUGAAGUAACUCGUGGUGUUUGGAAAUCAGUUUUUAUGAAUGGAACAGAUUGGCCUAGUCCUGCUGCGAAUCUCUCCAAUGUUGAGGAGAAGAUAAAGAAAAUACUAGCUGCUACUGGUGUUGAUGUCCCUAGUCUAGCUGCAGGAGAAAGUUCUCCUGCCGUGCUUCCAUUGCCGUUGGCUGCAUUUGUCAGCCUCACGAUAACCUAUAAACUCGAUAAAGCCUCGCAGCGUUUUCUUGAUCUGGCAGGCCCAGCUUUGGAGUCACUUGCAGCAGGUUGCCCGUGGCCAUGCAUGCCGAUAGUCGCUUCCUUGUGGACCCAAAAAGUGAAACGAUGGAGUGACUUCCUUGUUUUUUCUGCCUCUCGUACUGUCUUCCUCCACAAUAAUCAUGCUGUAAUUCAGCUUCUUAAAAGCUGCUUCAGCUCCACCCUUGGUUUAAACAGUACCUGCAUGUCAAGCAAUGGUGGCAUUGGAGCGCUUCUUGGCCAUGGAUUUGGAUCUCAUUUUAAAGGUGGGAUCUCUCCGGUUGCACCAGGGAUUCUGUAUCUACGUGUUUACCGAUCAAUUAGGGAUAUUAUGUUUUUAAGAGAGGAGAUCAUUUCAAUAUUGAUGAAUGCUGUUAAAGACAUUGCCAGGUUUGGAAAGCCGGAGACAGCCAAAAAUGGAACGAGAUACCGACCCUUCUCACUUGCUGCAUCUAUAACUAAAGUGAAACUAGCAGCUUCUUUGGGGGCUUCUUUAAUUUUCUUAACUGGUGGCCCGGGACUCUUGCAGUCGUUAAUAAAGGAAACUCUUCCCUCUUGGUUUAUGUCCAUUCAUCAGUACGAACAACAAGGGGAGUCAAGUGGAAUCUUUCCAAUGCUCGAAGGGUACGCGCUAGCAUAUUUAGCUGGCCUUUCUGGAAUGUUUAUCUGGGGCAUUAACUCGUCAUCAUCAGCUUCUAGGCAUCGUCCAAAAGCUCUUGGGUGCCACAUGAAAUUUAUGGCUAAUGCCGUUGAUGGACAGUUAUCACUAGGCUGUGAUCCAGCCACUUGGCGUGCAUACGUCUCCUGUUUCUUGAGUUUCAUAGUCAGAUGCACACCAGCAUGGAUAUUCGAGGUAGAUGUCGAGGUGUUGACAAGACUAAGUCGGGGGCUGAGGCGGUGGAACGAGGAGAAGCUGGCACUUGCUUUGCUUGGAGUUGGAGGAGUCCGUACAAUGGCCUCAGCUGCUGAAUUAAUCAUACAAACUGACUCGUAACUUCUCCUCUUCGUCGGAAAAUUUUGUAGAUUGGUAAUACGUAUAGAAAAUCUAUAGCAAUCAGUGUUUUGCAUAGGAAAACUUGAGCACAUAAAUGUUGAAAUCUGUCAAACUGCAGAUUCGUAGCACGCUUCUUGGUUCCAGGGGCAUUACCCUGUAACAGUGUAUUUAGUCAGCUAAGUGUGAAUUAUGAAUAGAGGUUAAAAGGGUGUGGCGUAUUCACACAUGACAAUCUCGUCCUCUAUAGUACUAUUUGAUAGACAAGACUUGAACUUAGUUUUCUUAUCA